AUGAAGAAGAACGUCCCAAUUCUUACUACUCAACUUUACCUUUCCUUGUUUCUGCACAUUAUCACCGGCCUACUUGUGGCGGCUAGAGAUUCGCCACCUAUCUACACUCCGGUGGAAGAUAUCACGGUUAAAUGUGGCUAUUCCGGCAACUUAUUAAAUGAAUGUGAUGAACGAUAUUGGCACGGAGAUAUCAACUCAAACUUUUCCCCCACAACUGGCAGUGACACAUCCAUGUUUAGAGAAGCACCUCAUUCGUACACCAUCCACCGAGUGUCUUACACCACAGCGCGCCUUUCGCGCUCUGAAUUUACUUACAGUUUUAAACUCACUUCAGGCCAAAAGUUCAUCCGCUUGUAUUUCAACCCAGUUUCAUAUGGUCCUGACUUUGACCGAUCCAAAGCCCUCUUCUCAGUCAAAGCCAGUGGCUUUACCCUUCUCCACGACUUCAACACUUCAGUCACUGCCGAUGGGUACGGAAUAGAGACGAUAUACAGAGAGUUCUGUCUCAACAUGGAGUCAUCAGAACAGAGCUUGAACAUCACCUUCACACCGAGUCCGAGCCUAGUAAGCCCAGAUGCGUAUGCGUUUAUCAACGGCAUUGAAAUUGUAUCCAUGCCCACCAAUCUUUACUUCACUGCAGCCCAAAGCCUUGGGGUAGGACUCGUAGGAAACAACUUCAAUUUUCACAUCGAAAACAACUCUGCUCUGGAGACGGUGUACCGAAUAAACGUUGGUGGAAAGUCAUUAUUUUUCAGUGAAGACACCGGCAUGUAUCGCAAUUGGGGAGGCGAGCAAGAAGAGCCCAAGUACUUAGACGAUUUAAGCAUUGAGUUUAGUGUUUUACCACAAAAAAGUAGUAUCGAACUCAACUUUACUGAAAUAGCAAAGUACUCUGCUCCAGAAGAACUUUACCAUACUGGUCGGUCAAUGGGCUGGAACAAGACCAUAAACAAGAGCUAUAAUCUCACCUGGAAUCUCCCAGUUGACCCCAAGUUUUAUUACCUGGUUAGGCUUCAUUUCUGCGAGUUUGAACCUAACAUUGUCAAUUCCAGAGACCGAAAUUUUCUUAUCUACAUAGCCAACGAUCUCGCUGAAGAAGGAGCGGAUAUCAUCAUGUGGAGUGGCGGAAAUGGGAGACCAGUGCACCAUGACUACCUUGUGUUCGUGACUGGCCUUGCAGCUUCAGAAAGCUGGAAGAAAGUAAAUCUCUCCAUAGCAUUGCGAGCACACCCAGAUGAUUCUAUGACGAAUUACAACGAUGCAAUCUUGAAUGGGCUCGAAAUAUUCAAAUUAAAUGACACAAGUGGCAAUCUCGCCGGACACAACCCAAACCCACCUCCUAUGUCGACCCCAAAAAAGGCGUUGCCGCCCAGCCCAGAGAGAACCAACACCGAGUUAACGCGGAAUCCUAUGCUUGCCAUUAUCGCCGGUGUAGUUUCCACCGUCACAAUUGUAAUGUUUCUUGGGUUAAUCUUGGUUUUCAGGCAACAACAGAAACUCAAAGCCUCCUCGUGCUCCAGCAACAGAACAACCAACUCAUCUUUACCCUCCGCUUUGUGUCACUACUUUUCCCUGGAGGAGAUUAAAGCCGCCACCCGAAACUUCAGCGAUAUUUGUAUUAUUGGGCGCGGCGGGUUUGGCAAUGUGUAUAAAGGGUACAUCGAUGGUAGGGCUACUCCCGUUGCAAUCAAACGGCUGAAACCCGGGUCCUCGCAAGGGGCCCACGAGUUCAAGACAGAGAUCGAGAUGCUCUCCCAAUUACGCCACCGUCAUUUGGUGUCGUUGAUUGGAUAUUGUGUGGAUGAAAGGGAGAUGAUCUUAGUGUAUGAUUUCAUGGACCGUGGGACCCUUAGUGACCAUCUCUACCACAAAGAUAACCCAUCUCUUCUCUGGGAGCAACGGCUUGAGAUCUGUAUCGGGGCGGCGCGUGGACUUCAUUACCUUCACACGGGAGCAAUGUGCACAAUCAUUCACCGUGACGUGAAGAGCACCAACAUCUUGUUGGACGAGAAAUGGAUCGCUAAGGUUUCUGAUUUUGGGUUGUCAAAAAUGGGCGCCACCACCAUGUCUAACGCCUACAUAAGCACUGUGGUGAAGGGUAGUUUUGGCUAUCUAGACCCGGAAUAUUAUCGUCGUCAGCAGCUGAGUGUGAAGUCUGACGUGUACUCCUUCGGUGUAGUAUUGUGUGAGGUAUUGUGUGGAAGGCCAGCGGUUGUGCGUAUGGUAGAGAGGAGGCAGAUGAGCCUGGCUGAAUGGGCCAAGACUUGUCAUCGCAAUGGGACACUUAAUGAAAUCAUUGACCCUUGCUUGAAGGGCAAGGUUGCGGGCCUUUGCUUUAAUAAAUUCGUUAAGAUUGCGAUGAGUUGCAUGCAUGAUAAUGGGAUUGAACGGCCAUCGAUGGCUGACGUUGUGAGAGAGCUUGAAUUUGCUUUGAAGCUUCAACGGAGUGCUGACGACGAUAUGGACUUCAAUAUUGUUGAAAACAAUAUUUGUGAAGAUGAGGUUGCCUUCAUCAAAGACAAGGAAGGGUCUGGUAAAAGUGAGCAAAGUUGUGCGACCGACGAAUCCAUUAAAUUUAUUUCUGAGACAAUCUUCUCUGAGAUCAACAAUCCGGAUGGGAGAUGA